AUGGCGCGCAUCUUCAUGUCUGCCGUCGUCGCCCUGGCGCUGGUCGUCGGCGCCGCUGGCGAAGACGCAGUCACCAGCGCGUGCACGGUGGCGAACAGGGAAUCCUGCAAGUGCCUCCUCUCCAGCGACGUCUUCGGGUCCGACCCGAAGCCGUGCGAAGAUCCAGUGGACGAGAACAUCGCCAACGCGACGAUCAGUCGUGCCCACAGGUUCCCACAGGGCAGGGAGUGCGAGGCGAUGCAGACGGUCGUAUCGUGCGCCUCGCAGCUAGGCUGCAUGGACAAGCAGGUCACGCAGCUGUGCGGCCAGGUCGUGAACAAGCUGAACAUGUUCCAGAAGGGGAGCUGCGAGAUCGAGUGCAGCGGCGGCCACCGGGCCCUGGCCGGUGCCCCCGCGCUCCUGGCUGCGGCGGUCGCGCUGCUGCUCCUGGCGCCGCAGUGA